AUGAAAACCAUUUUCAAAUCUCAUAGGCUUUGGGAAUUGGUUGAGAAGGGAAUAGAGUGCUCAGAUUCAAAGGGAGCUGGCGAAUCUGAUGCAAAGAAGAAAGAAAAGGAAGAAUCGAGUGGUGCUGGGAAGAUGACUGUCACUGAGCUACUCAUGAAGGACGCUAAAGCUCUGGGUCUAAUUCAAGGAGCAGUGUUUGAUGAGAUCUUCCCCCGAAUCUCUCAUGAAGAAACCUCUAAGGGAGCUUGGGAUAUCUUGAUGAAGGAAUUCCACGGUGAUAAACAGGAUUUGGAUGAAAUUGAGGUACAAGAAGUGGUAGCUUCUUUGAAGAGUUUUGAAUUAAGGCUAGAUAGGCACUCUAGAGAUAAGACUGAGAAAAAUACAAUGGAAGUCAAAGUGGUUCUAAGGAUCAAAAGAAUUGGAAGACAAAAGGCAAAAAAUGGGAUAAUAAACCAUCUGAUGGAGCUAGAAACCCUUGCAAACAUUGUGACAAACUACACUUUGGUGAGUGUCAAUUGCUACAGCAAGAAACUAGCACAACAGCUCAACUAUGCUACUCAAACCGAAUCCACACCAACCAUGUUUUAUGCUAGUAAUAAAGGCUCUGCUAGUAUAAAAGGAUGUGAUGAUGUAUGGUAUUUGGAUAGCGGAUGCAGCAACCAUAUGACUGGCAGAGAAGAUGUAUUAGUUGAUGUUGAUAAGAAUAUAACUGCAAAACUUGCAAUGGGGACAGGACAAUUGGUUGAUGUUGUUGGAAAAGGAAAUCUUGUUGUUGACACUAAGAUGGGAAUAAGGUAUGUCAAAGAGGUCCUGCUAGUUGUUGGUCUCAAGGAGAAUUUGCUCAGUGUAGGGCAAAUGAUGGAGCAUGGAUAUGUUCUGAUUUUUGGUGCCAAUAAGGCUGAAAUUUAUGAUGAUAGUUCUCUAUCAAAUCUGGUUACUAAGGUGCAAAUGAAAGGCAACAGAAGCUUUCCUUUGAAGUUUCACACAACUUUACAGAAGAAUGGGGCACUUAAACUUCACCAGUUUAAAGGUGCUGCAAGAUCAGGGAAUGGUACUUGGAUUACCAUAAAUUAA